CCAGCAAACCCCCUCUUCUGCUACUACAUUUCCCUAUUAACACAAUGGCCAGGGGUCUGCUCGAGAAAGAAGAAAAAGAGGCUCGGGAGUCUCAGCUUCAUCAAGCAAUAGCAAAUGAUGAUGUUGAUGAGCUACAUUACUUAAUUGUGGAGGAGCGAGGGCUCUUAGAUCGCGUAUCUAAGCACCCCUUCCCAAAUACUCCUCUACAUCUUGCUGCGGCUGCUGGAAAAACCCAAGUGGCCAUGGAGUUGGCCAUCUUGAGGCCUUCAUUGGCUCAGAAGCUGAAUCCGGAGGGUUAUAGCCCCAUACACUUGGCUUUGCAACAAGAACAAUACCAAACUGUGAGGGCACUGAUGAACUUUAACCCUAAGUUGAUCCGAGUCUACGGACGAGGCGGGAUUACCCCUUUGCAUUACGUUGCCGAAAAAGAGGGAGACAAAGAGCUGGAACUUCUAGCUGAAAUCCUUUACGCUUGCAAAUCAUCUAUUGAAGAUUUAACGAGCCGAUGUGAGACUGCGGUUCACGUUGCCGUUAAGAACCACAAUCUCAAAGCAUUCAAGGUUUUGUUUGGAUGGCUUAAACGAGUCCAUUUGACAGAAAUUUUGAAUUGGAAAGACCAAGAUGAUAACACUGUCAUGCACAUUUCUGUAUCUGGAGAGCCACAAAAAGAGAUCAUACUGGCGUUGCAUGCACAUGUCGAUUUAGAUGUGAAGAACUUCCAGGGUAAGACAGCUCAGGAAAUCUUGCAAGAUAGUGGGAAGAGUGCAGGCAUUGAAGGAUUAAUCGGAAAGUGGACAGUUGAGAAUUUCAAAAUAAAUGUGAAGAAGACAGCUAUGAAAAUCUUCCGAAAUGGACGCGAAGGAAGACCGCCUACUCCCGCCCUCUCUCUAUCAGAGUUAUUAAGCAUGGAAUUAACUAUCUUUGAGAGGCUCGCAUCUUUGUUCAUCGUCCGAGAUGAAUCCGCUCGCAAUAUAGUCCUUGCAGUGGCCACUUUAAUUGCGACUGCCACUUACCAAGCCGCACUCAGUCCUCCAGGAGGAUACUGGGAGGAUAACUCUCCAAAUCAUCCAGCCAAGUCCACUGUCGUUACUGCCAAUUCCAGUGCCAUUGCUGUUGAAAAACCACAUGAAGCCGGAAACUCUAUCCUGACUGGCUCGAAACUAUACUGGUUCAUGGUCCUCAACAGUACGGUUUUCAUGGCCUCCCUCAUCACGAUCUGGAUCACCGCUAUUCCCCUAGUGGCUCACACUCGAACGGUUCACCUUUUAACUUUUCUCAUCGCUUAUGCCUUCUUUGUUACCCUUAGAAUCGAAUUACCGAAACCCGAUCGUGUCGCAGGAGCGGCAAUUUACCUGAGCUAUCUGCUUCCCACGUUUGCGUUCGCAUAUUACUUUUUGAUGAAGUACUCCACAUACCCACGCCAACUCAAAAAGUUUGCCACAGGGAGACGCGUCGGCAACUUCCUCAAAUUGAAGGAUCGGAAAUAGUUGGCGAGUAUUAUUUACUCUAAAGUACUCUUCUCACGUGUGGAAUAAAAUCUAUGUUUCUAGUCUUGAGGUUGUCAAGAACUAGACUCUUUCUCAUUUGUUGCAUGUAAUGGACUCAUCUAUUAAUAAAUUGAUCCCAAUA